AGCGGGUAGCUCAGCGGUCAGGCAGAAGCCCCUAAGGCGGGUGGCAGCCUGCACUGCUCCAGCGCGAGGCUGGAAGCUUUGUCAACCUUUCCACAGCCGAGACCCCCAGCCCUAGUGUGCUGCCAGGCGAGAGGUUCACUGCUGACUAAAUCGGACUGCUAAAGUUUAGGGGUGCAUUGAUAGAGUUUUUGGGGGCUGAAAUUUAAGGGGGUAUAGUGGUUGAUACCAGUCUGAUUUCUGAUACAGCUGUCUCCAGGUGUUGUUUCCAUGAUCUGAACAUGGCAACCCUUAUAUUCAUAGACCAGGAGAAUGGAGAAGCUGGUGCUACUUCUAAGGAUCGACUAAGAUUGCCUUCAACUUCAGGAAAAGUUCUGUCUGAAAGGUCACAGGUGCAGACUCCCCAUGUUAGAAAAACAAUUAAUGCAACUCCAGUCGCAUCUAAGUCUCUCAGAAAGGCUCUAGGAGAUGUGAACAGGACUCUGCAAUCCACAAAAAAGAAGGAAACUUUAAAAACACAAAAGCAGCUUGUGACUAAGAGUACUACUGAAAAGACCACUGAAGUGGGAAGUUGCAAUGCAGUACCUGAAGAAACCUACCCAGAAAUUGAAAACUUGUUUACCUACAACCCUCUAGACUUUGAGAGUUUUGAAGUUCCUGAAGAACAUAGACUAAGUGACAUGUCCUUGACUGGUGUACCUCUUAUGAUAUUUGAAGAAAAGUCCGCUGACAGACUUGUAAACUUGGUCCCAUCACCUAUGAAGCUGUCUCCAAUUUCAUGGGAGUGUGACUUGCUACAGUCAACUGCCAGCUUCCUUUCUACCCUGGAUGAAAUCAUUGACUUGCCGCCUCCGUGCCAGAAAUUCUGAAGUAGAUUCUGCUUCUUUUAUUUAUUGAGCUUUACCAAGCUUGUUCAUGUCUUUUUUUUUUUUUUUCCUCUCUCUAGGGUUGUUAACCCUCUAACUUUCUAAAUAAAGAAUUAGGUAAAUAAUACUUGUGUCUAAAAUGGCUUUCCAUACGUUACUUGGUAAGACGGUACUGUAGUUGACAUUGCUCUGGAAUUUAUAGGCAUGUUUGAGCACUGCAGAUCCCAGAGAGCUUCUAGGAUCAGAAGCGUCUGUAAUGUAGUAAGCCAAAUGUGACUACCCAAGUUGAAGGAUCACAAAACUUAAGUAAACCUGAGACUAGGUCUCUAUCCAAAUCUUAUUUGUACUACCAGCUUGUAACUUGCUACUACUAAAUUGCAUAGACCAACAUUAUAUUUUUGGGCCUUCCAGAUAUUGGGAAGAAAUAGUUGGCUUAUCUAGGUGCACUGCUGAGAUGGUGAAUAUUCUUGUCCCAGUAGAAAUGUCCUGAAUAGGAGUAGGCCAUGAUCCAUCCAGUAAAGUGUCUUAUCUGGUAUUGAUAAUAUCUCAUAACUGAGGAACUAUCAAGGAAGCCUAGAAGAUGCAUGGGGUAACCUGCUUCUCUCAAUCUGUAAGACUCUAAUAUCUUUAAAUAAGCAUGGAAGCAUCAUGCUGGCUGAAAGCGAGUCUCAGUUGUGGCUUUUUUUGGUUUGGGGGUGGUGUUUUUUUGCGGGGGAGGGAGGGGUGAGGUGGUCCGUGCAUACACUUUUCUUAAAUCUUUUUUUUUAAUUUACCCAGUUCUGGGUUGCGCUUCUUUACCUCUCUUUCCCCUCCCUGCCCUUCCACUCCCUCUCAAGGCAACUAGAAACUUGCUUUUAGUAUAUCUAUGCACAGUAACAUUCAUAUGUUCCCCACAGAAAGGGGAGAGGAACAAUUAAAUUCCCAUCUUGAGAGUUCAAUAAUCUAUUCUCAUCACUUUUUUUUUUUCCUUCUCCUUAUCUCACUUAUCACCACAGGCACAAACUUGGGACAAAUAAGGAUAUUCUAUAUAGGAUGUCACCAGAGUAGUGGCUGGCUCUUGCAUCUUAAUUGCCUGUUAAGGGCUUCUACACAGAAGAAAUUAGGGUGGAAGGUGGAACUGAUAAAGGUCACCUAGUCAAACAUCUUACUUGAGUUGGGAUAUCUUUUGUCUAAAGCUCACCAAAGUGUAUGCUGGUUUAAACUGCGCUAUUCCACAGGUUCUACAGUCUCUAUGCAACUCACUCCAAUAGUUGACCACCCUCAUACUUUCAAGUUCUUGCUAGUAUUCAUUGUAGAUUUCCUUUGGCACACCUGUACAUGAAGCUUCAAGCGCAGUAGGCUAAUUCUACUGCACAUUAGCAUGGUGGAUAAAAUCCAUGUUAAUGCACAAUAGUAGAAUAGGGUUACUGCACAAUAGCAUUACCUAAAAUGUGUCUCCUGGUCCUACUAUACAGCUUUUUGACACAUGUAAAUGCCACAGCACCAGGUGCUUUGAAAAGCACCUGGUGCUGUGAUGCACACAGCUGUAUAAGUAGUGAAAUGAACCUUGGAGAUGCUUUAGUUCAAAAGCGCACUGCUACCACUUUGUGCCCUGACACAUCUCGCUGCUUAUAGAACAUGUGGAGCAGAUUCUGUAGGACAAAGCUAUGAGUAUAAAUGCCCUAAGCGUGCAAUAACUACUGCACAUUAAUGUAGAUGUAGACAUAGCCCCUCUUUAGUUUUUGAAUUGCAAACUUUGUAUCUUGCUUUGGGGGGCUAGACAAGAUUUCCCCCCCUCCCCCGCCAACUUUUUUAACUACCCUUUAUUUUAUUUGCAGGCUUAACAACUUCCUAUUUCCUUCUCUUUCUAUCUCCACCCCUCCCUGUGACACGCACACAUUUUGGUCUCUUCAUGCUAAGUACUAUUAAGUCUUUCCUUGUGACUCCAUGUUUUCUAGACCUGACUUUGUUCUCUUGGAUUUGUCUCUUCAAGAAAUGUGGGCAGUGUCCAUAAUUUUAGGUGAAGCAUUAUUGGUACUGAAUUGUUGUACUUCAAGUGAAGUGACUUCCAUUCUCCUGUUGCAGUAUCUCUGCAUAGUGUUGUUGCUUUGUCUUUUUCCCUGUAGUACUACAGUCUAGCCAGUUAUCACCUAACUUGUAUUUGUGCACGUGACUGUGUUCCAUCCUAAGGACAGUACUCGGCAUUUUCAGGUAACUUCUUCUGUUUUACUAAGUUCUCUUUGGAUCCUAAUCCUCCAAAGUGCUUCCCCUGCCACCCCCAAAUUAAUGUAACAUGUCAGCUUAUUUCUAUGAUCAUGACAUGAUUUUGUCAAGAGCAAGUCAUAAUUAACAGAGCCAAUGUUGGCUGUCCUUAUAACCUUUUAACUUUGUUAUGUACUCUUAAGUUCUGGAGCAUAUCAAUAAAUCUUUCUGGGUAUUGUGACUACA